UGUGAAUUUCGUUUUGAAACUCUAAAAGUUUCAUGAUAAAGAAAAGUUCAUUACACCGUUUAAAUUGAAAAACAAAUACUUUGUCACAAUAUGCUGAAAACAUCGAUGAAAUUGAUGGAGCCACCAGAGAAUGAGCUUCAAAAAGCACGCGAAUCAAAUGUCGUUCUUAGUGAACAUCAGUUGCGUGUUCAAGCGUCUCUUCAAAAGCUAAACAUCCCAGAUUGGUACAAGCAAUAUAGUAGCAAUGCUUCCCACAAUACGUCAGCUAAUACUUCAUAUUAUAAUAAAAAUGAUGUCACUGGUUUGCUUCGGAAAAGAAAUUCAGACAUUGGACGAUGGCAAGGUUUGAGUUCAAAAACGACUUCGUUGAGUUCACUUGGUUCAAAUAGAUCGGAUAGAAGUCCGGUUAUGUUGAGUCCAUCAGCUCAUAGUCACACCGGUGGACCAUCAACUGGUUUCUCAAGAUGGUCAACUUCACAUUUGAACUCGAGUCAAACUUCACCGAGCGUAUCAGCGCGAAGUUCCUUUGUGCGUAAUUCAAAUUAUAAUUCAAGCACAAUGUCAGGUCAGUCAGUAACAUCUUCACAAGCUGGUGACAUUCGAAGCUCAUACCGUAAACCAUAUCUGGGUUGGAGAAGUCAAGAAAAACUCGCUCAACCAAGGACACCACAUGAAAGAUUAGCAUCGUCAAUGAUGUCACAACAGAAGCAAUCAGAAGAUCAACAACAGAAACUUCAACAGCCGAUUGCAUCGUCAGAAAUUCAAUCGUCGAUCAAAGAAGUGACAUCAGCCAUUGUGCAUUAUGUGAAUGAUCAAACAAAUCGAGGAUCGAGAAGUCGAUCAGUCAGCCCAAGUACAAGAUGUUGGCUGGAAAGCUCAUUUGUCGGUACAAAACCACUCGAAUCACCGCAAACACCUGCAACGGAAAAUUCUUUCGUUCAUGGACAGAAGAUCAACAUUGGACCAAUGUCGGUGACAGCAACAAACUAUGAUUCGAUUCGAAUUAAUGGCAUCAGUGAGGAUUUAGCUAAUCAACCGAAUUAUCGCGGAUUAUCAACAUUCUCGACUUUCAAGCCCGCACCUGUACCAGCACCCGCCGCUACACAACCCAAGCAACCACAACCACCAUCGUCAUCAUCACAAUUGGCUGUUGAGCAUUCAUCACAUUCAAGACGACAUAGUGAAGGUGAUGCACAAAGACGAUUAAUGGAACAUCAUUCGCAAGAUUAUGAAGAUGAGAAAUCUGAUGAAGUUCGACCGUUGAUAAAUCGAGGUGCAUCAUCAACAUCAACCUCACCAGCACCACAAUAUCGACGAGUUAGUCUCGAUUCAAGUGAUGCAAAUCAUGGUGAUUUACUUCGAUGUCGAUAUCCACGUUGUGAUAAUGCAGCGACUGUUGCCGAUGCUAAAAAGAAUUACAAGUCUUGUCAUAAUUGCACUCAUCUUUAUUGCUCAAGAGAUUGUCGUAGAAAUCAUUGGGAACGUGGUCAUCGAAGGGCUUGUCUACAUUCACGAGUUUCGGUUCUAUGUCGACAAGUGUUGUCAGCUUGCAAAGAUGAUCCCGAUACUCUGAAACAUUUAAGUUUGUUAGCUAGACGUGGAUUUUUAGCACAAGGACGUGGAGUUGUUCGUUUACUCUUCCGUAGUCCCGAGAACGCUGACUUGUUUAUCAAGCAGGGCUUUCAGUUCUUGGGAGAAGUAUCGUACGUUCGAUGGCCUGAUUUGCUUCCAAGUGAAAUGGGCCCCGAACUUUACAGCGAACUCUUAAGAUUAAGUACUGAAUACAAGCCAGAUGGCAAAAUGUUAAUUUAUGUAGCAAUUUGCGUUGUUUCUGAAGCGCCUAGUUCGAGUACGGCACCAGUGAAAUGGGAAAGACAAUUGGUGUCGCGUUGUGCUAAAUUGAAACUCUGCAAGUCAAUAAUUAGCGAUAAAUCUCUCUUUACAUCAGCUAAUGCUUCCACGCAAGUCAUUAAACAUGAAUUUGACACAGAUGUUUUAAUUCUGACCUUUAAUGCGACUGAUAAAUCAACGCAAAAAUCUCGCGAAAUUAUUAUGGCAAAUGUUCAGCAUACGCUUCAACAGAAAGGUAUAAAUUUACGAAAACACUUUCCUGAGGUUUUCCAACGCUUGAGUAAUUAUGCUGAAGGAAUAUCUUCAUUUCUACCUGUGACAAUUCAUCCACGCGAUAACAACACUGGUAGAUCUUUUGUUUGUAUUAUCUUUCCACAAAACGGCGAUGCCGAAAAGUUUAAAUUACCGCCCAAGCAAGAAACGGGAGAUCAUGUACAAACAAUUGAUGUGGGAAUUGAAAGAAUUGAUGAGAUUAUGUUGACUCAUAACUCACUCAAUGAUGACUUGUUUACAGAGGGAACGAAGUUUUAAAAUGAUUGACUUUAUAAGCUAUGUUAGAAUGUGGCAUAGCAUGGGAUGUGACAAUAUUGAGUUUGAAUGGUAUAUUUAUGGUUGACAGAUUGUAAUCUGGAAUUGAUUGAUAGACGAAUUUCGAAUAACUGAUUGAAACUCUUAACAAAGAAACAGUUUCAUCAAUUCCAAAUAAAUUUGACGUCUUUUUUAAUAAAGUUGAAGCAAAUCAAGAUAUUUCUUCCCAUCCAACCUUCCUUCAAAAGCCAUUCAAAUAAAAGAUUAUAUUUAAUCAUGAAGGAAAACAUUUUCCGAGAAUAUCAAAUUAAAUUAUCUUGAAAGUUUCGUGAAAUUGAAAAUCAAAACAAUUUUUCCGUUUUGUUGAUGAAAAUCUAUUGAAAUGUGAAAAGCAAACAAAAAAAAAAUGUUUAAUUGAUUGAAUCAAGGAGUUCAACGAUUAAAACACCAACUGCCAAAAAUUAAGUCUUGUUCAUUCCAUUUUAUCCAAUUCACUUUGGAGUUGAUACAUAAAAAGAGCUUUCUUAAGCAGAAAAAGGUUUUCAAAUAAUUAGUAACGAUAACGAUGAAACAUGAAAAUUAAAUUCCAUUAAUUAAGCAAUAAUUUAAUCAAUCAUUGCUUUCUGUCUCGUUUCUUCUCGUUUUUAUACGUGUUAGACAGAAAGUAUUUUUAGAUCAUGAAUCCUUUUUUAGGUAGAUAUCUAAUCGGAUUUUUGCCAUCUCUCAUUCCCCACAUUAUAAAACAUCUGUGCCAAAUUCAUAGCAAUUGAACAACAUUUUCUUAUCCAAAAUGGGAUAACUUGAACAUUGAUUCAUUGUUUUGGCUGGAAACUGGUUCCUUCUAGCCACCAAUUAAUUACAUUUCCACUUCAUCCUCAAUCGAUACUAAUUGUCUUUUUAUCUCGUUUUGUGCCGAACGCUUCCCAACAGCGCUUUUUGCAACAUCAGAUGAAUAGACAGACUUGCAUAUGAAAGCAGUCAAGUUAUGCAACUUCCACGUUUUAUAUCGCAAUUUGUUCACCUACAACAUUUUUCACUGAAAUUCUUUCGACAAAUGUGUUUGCUAUGUACAUUAAGGAAUCGUUCAGAAAUCAAGUCACAUUAUAAGAAGAUGAAGUUUUUAUAACUUUUUUUAUUUAAAGUUUAAAAGCUUUAGAUUGGAAAAAAGUUGAAAGUUUUUGAAAUUCUGAAAGCUUUCUUAUACUUAACAGAAUUUACUUGUGACUUGCUUUCUUAUGCCUGCAUCUUGAAUCUUAUACGCUUUAACAAUGCUAAAUCUUUUCUUAAACAUAUCAAGAUGAAAGCUUUUUUGUUACUAAAUCUAAUUUAAUUAAUUUCCAAUCAACAUCAUAUUGAACAGAUUUUUUUUGUUAGGUAAAAUCUAUUCAAGAACUUUUAUUAAUUAGGGACAAAUUUUUAUAUAAAGUUUCAACCCUUCCUUUUGUUCUCAUACUUAAUUAAAAUAUGUUUCACUCUAGUAGUUAAUUGUUGAAGAUUUUCCAAUCCACUUUACGCUACCCUUCCUUCAGGUUUCCUUGAAUCACCUCAUCUUGACAUUGUUUCAAAUUAUUCAACUGUAAACAUUUUUUUGAGCUUUAUUUGAGCUUCGUGAUGAGUAACAAAUCAAGAAAACUGCUUUGAAAAUAGCAAAGGAAGAAUCCUUAACUUAAAGAAAAGAGCUUGAAGAAGUUGAAUAAAAGUGAACUAAAAAAAUGAUUAAUGAGAUUCCUAAGAGAAACUUCUAUUUUCUGCUUCUUGAUUCCUUCCUCCCGUUUCUAGGCGUGAUGAAGAACAGAAAAAGUAAAGAAAAAAAGGCGCUAAAAUGAUGAUGAAAAAUUUCUAGAUAGAAAAAUUAAUUACUAAUUUUUUAGACUACGUCUUUUCAUGUUCCGAAUACUAAAUGAGAAACAUUGAAAAUGAAAAAAAAAUUAUGAAGAUGAAGGUUUCUUUGACGACCGACUAUCUACUGCUGCAAGACACAAAAACGAAGGGUUUUUUAUUCUGUUUCACUGAUAAUGAUUAUGGAAGAAAGAUGAGAAAAAAAUAAAUAAAUAUAUUGCUGUUAUUGCUGCUUUUUUGCUCCUUUGCUAAAAAUAAAUUCAGAGAAGAAUGAAAUGAUGCUGUGCGGUUUUUUUUCAAUAUUUUUUUUUAUUCAAAGAAUAAAUCGUAGAAAUUUAUGGAAACUCACAACUGGCUUUGUUGAAAAUAAGCUUUUCUUUCCUGUCUUUUUUUAUUUCGUUGAGCUUCAGUUUUUAUUCUACAUAAAUUGGAAAAAAAGAGAAAAAAUAAGACAGAAUGAAGCCGCGUGAAUUUAGCACCAGAGCGAAUUGAUGGUAAGAACUCCAAUGAGAUUUUCAGUAUUUAUUCGAA